AUGAACGCUUGCUACUCGCAGGUGUUGGGAGCUUUGGUGCGAUACCAGCUCAAGCACUCCUCCACGCUGUCGCAGGUGCUGCAGGGCCGCCCAUGGCGCGAGAUCCUACCCCGAUGCCUCUGCCAGGUCACCGUGGCCUUUAUGGUAGGGCUCGCUGUGUUCUGCCUGCUCGCUGCCGUGGCUUUCGCGCCGACCCGGAGCUUGGCCUUGGGCCCUGCCGGGGCAGUCGCUGCGCCCCCAGCACCCGUGGCCGCGGCAGCGGCGGCCGUGACUCUGCGGCCCCUGUGGCAGUUCCCCAUGCUCAGUUUGCAGGAACUGCGCCAGGUAGAAAACGUGGUCUUCGAGGAGAACCAGCUGAGGCAUUCCCUCCGCGUGGCGGUGACUUCAAAGAUGUUUGAUGGCAGCGUGCUGCUGCAGUCGACGGACUCGUCGCUACGUGUGGAGAAGAAUGGGCGCGGCGUCUGGCUGCGCGAUGGCCAGGAGGUGCCUCUCGACGACAUGGAAGCACUCCGCCAGCUUCCAGGUGCCGACGAGGGCCUCGCCUGGAUGGGCGCGCAGCUCACCACUGAGGUCGUGGCACCGGCUUAG